AUGACUCUGAAAGACAUCCAGCUGCACUCCAGAUUCAUUAUUUGGAAAGUUAUUCCUUUGCUAUUCAUUCAAUUGAAUAGUAUCAGUGCUGAUGUCGUACAGGUCAUUGAUAUGUGUUAUGGCGAAUUUGGAAAUGUAACUCUGGAUAGAGAAUAUGCGGGAAAUGUCUAUCAACUAUUGUCUAAUCUUUCCUCGAAAGCCUCAUAUGUCAAGUUUUAUAAUUCCACAGUUGGUGAAACGCCUAACAAAGUAUAUGGGUUGUUUCAAUGCCGGGAGGAUUUAAGCAUACAAGUUUGCAGCGAAUGUGUUGAUGUUGCAGUCGAGUGGAUGAAUGUAAAGUGUCCCCUUUAUAAACAAGCUGUGGUGUGGUAUAUGGAAUGUAGUUUGCGGUUUGAAAACAGUUCCAUCUCUUUGAAUGACACAGAACUAUAUUCUAUUUACUUUCCUAUAUCAAAGCCCUUAACAAACUAUACUGAAUUUGCAGCAGUGCUGGCAACGACAGUCAAUGACUUGAUCAAGGAUACUGUUAACAGUACAUCUCAUUUUUCUAUAAAAAAUGCACCUUUACCCUCUUCAUCUCAGAGGUUGUACAGUCUUGCACAAUGCGCUUCUGACCUUAACGGACCUCAGUGUGCCUUCUGCCUAAAACAGGCUGUCAACAAAAUAUUUGAUGGUUAUCGUAAUGAAUCAGCUCUCUCGAUCUUUAUGCCGGGGUGUCAGUUGAUGUAUGACACAACUAUUUUCUAUAAUGCGAGUUUUUUGACAUCACAAUCCAGAGGUACAGGGAAGCGGAGGAAGUCAUUGAGUGCAUCUUAUGUAAUUGGUGCAAUAGCAAUAUGCUCUGCGAUUGGAGUAAUACUACUUCUAUCCGCUACACGGUUUUGGUUAUACAGGAGAAAGUCAAUCAAAAUGAGAUCGGAGGUAAUACUCAGAAAUUCAUCAGCUCAUGAAUCAUCUCAAGGCUCCCUGACCAAAUUCAUAUUGUAA